AUGCACAGAAUCCCCCUGCUGACCUCCUCCUGUGCCAAUGGGAACCUGCAGAGAGCCUGGGAGAAGGCUUACCAGGACCACAGGAAAAAGGUCCAGAAUGCCCAGCCACUGGUGGACACCUGUGCUCCACUGACUUUCAGCCACCUGCACCUGAAGCUCAAGAAACUGAAGUUGGAGGAGGAGCGGCUGUCUGUCAUCGACAGGGACAACCGCCUGCUUCUGGAGAAGGUGGCCUCCGUCAUGAGGACCAGGGGACAGACUGACAGCAGGAGCAACUUCACACAUCGGAGGUAA